CGUCAACAAAAAACGACUGUUUUGUUUUCAAAAUAAUCGAGGUAAAGGUAAAGUUGUUAAAACUUUGUUUAAUGAAUUGAACUUUCAGUUCAUACUUUAUUACAUUUAAAAGUUUAAUCAUGGAAAAUUCGUUUUUUGAAUACCGCGACCAUACGGGCGCGGGAAGUGAGUCCGACAGUGAAAUUAUCGAUAGUAGUUUCAGCCAAUCUUUUGUUCCUAAAACACCAGGGAAGAAAAAUCAUACUGUUUAUGUACCUGAAUCUGAUGAUUCAACUGAAGAUGAAUCAGAAAAAGAGAAUGAGGCCCCAGACUUAUCUAAGUCAGUGGCUAGAAGGAGUAAUGUUAAACUACAUCAUGUAGUCUUAAGUAGUGAUGAUGAUAAGCCCAGUAGAGGCAGCAUUCAAACACAGUCUGAGUCUUCUAAUAAAGUAUUAAUUACUUCUUCUGAUGAUGAAGUUCACCAAGUAUCUCCAGAAAUAAUACCAAAACGUCGCCCCCUAGUCAAACCCUCCCCAAGAUCCUCUGACUCUUUCAUUGGAAGGAAAAAGAAGAAGCAUAUGAUCCUUAUAGACUCUGAAUCCGAUAAUUCAUUCAUCAAAGAUCAUGCUAGAAAGAAGAAAUGCCUAAAAGACACACCUGUGAAAAUUGACACUGUACAAAAAAAUAUAAUUCGUAACAUUCAAAAUAUGAGUAUACAAAAUGAUAGCAUUAUUGACGAUGAUGAUGAUGGUAAACAGUCUGAUCAGAAUGAUGAAAGUCAACAUAGUGGGGAUGAUGAUCGUAGUAGUAGGGAAGUCUCUGAUGACAGUCAAAAUAGUGAUGACAGUAACAAGAGUGAUUACGAAACUGCUUCACAAGAUAGCGAUAGUGAUGCCAGUGGAUAUGAAGUUAGUGACAGUGAUCAUAAAAAUGACGACGGAAAUCACAAAAGUGAGGUUAAUAAAAAGCAAGGUCAUAAAAAUAAAGACCUAAGUCAUGAACUUAAUGGCAAGAAAAAUGAAUCCGAUCUAAUUGAUGACCAUGAUACUUCAUUAAAUGAAGUUACUGAUAGCGAUAAUAAUAAUUGUCCUAAAAAUAAGCAUAGUGUUAAAAAACAAUCAGACCAAAGCGAUGCUAUAGAGCCUUCGAUUAAUGAAGGUGAUAUCACUGAACAAAAUGACAUAGAGUCUUCUGGACGUAAAGAAAGCGGUUCUUCAAAUGAAAAUGAGGAUGAAACUAGUUCAAGUGGUAAAAAGGAUAGUGUUACAAGUGACGACGGUCUGGAGGAAGAAAAGAUGAUGAUGUCUCGUGCUACUAGAAUGAGUAUCAUGGGUAUCAUACCUAAGGAAAAUGACAGUGAUGAUUCAGAUUAUAUUGAGUCUGAUGAUACCGCCCAGUCCUCCCGUGCUGGUUCAACGGGAAACCUAUACAUACCCGAUAUAGAAGCACACGCAAAUACAACUCCUGAAAAAACUACGAUAAUUGACGACGGGGAUUCUUCUAGAAUAACAUGCUCUCCCAUAUCCAGUCCCUUACAUGAUGUAACUAAUGAAAUAAAUAAUUCAGUAAAUAAGAAUGAUGAAAUAAAUAGUAGUUUAAAUAAAAAGGAUGCAAAAGUCUCACAUAUUAACCUCUAUAGCCCUGAAGUAUGUGAUUUGAAGGAUAAGAUACUGAAGAAGGUGAAUAAGGAAGCGAAAAUGUACAAAGAAAAUGUGGUUGACGAUGACGUUACGAUAAUAGAUAAAGAGCCGGAGAUUAUUGCACUCAGCAGUGACGAUGAAGUCGAGGUGAAAGAAGAUAAGUCGCCAAACCUCAAGAAGUCUCCUAGCGUUAAAAAAUCGCCUGAUGUCAAAAAACCGCAGCAGUCGAAGGAAGAGAGUUCAAUGCAACACAUUAGCAAUAUAAAGCAGUACCUAGCCCCGCCCAGCUACCCCAACCAGAAUAUAGUUUACGUGAAGAAACAUGUUAGAGAGAACGAACUCAGUAAGCUCAACGGACUCAGGGAAGACUUGCAGAAUGUUAGGUACUUACUGGAGAAUAUGGACGUGGACACGCUCCCCGACGGCGGCGCCAAGCUGAUGGAGCGGCUCAACAAGCUGGAGAGGGACGUGCAGGAGCAGGGCGACAAGGUGGCCAACAUGAUCGUGGAACCAGACAUGCCUACGCCACAACAAAUGACGCAAGACGGCUUCGCGGAGAACAAGGGCCUCUCGUGGGAAGACAUACAGAAAGCCAGCAAUGCCGUGCAGCCGAGGAUGUUCGGCAAACAGGCAAUGGCCACACACAUGGCGGAGCGCAACCUUAUUCUGGACCGAUUGCGGGACUUGUACGAGUCACUCGCCUCCCGACCUUCCGAGGACUCGCUGGCCACGCAGCCCGCCAGCGUCAAGAGCGAGCUGAUGGAGCACCAGCUGCACGCACUCGCCUGGCUCAAAUGGCGGGAGACGCAGAAACCGUCCGGGGGGAUACUAGCUGACGACAUGGGUCUGGGAAAAACUAUCACAAUGAUUUCGCUGAUCGCGGCCGACAAGGAGGGCUCGCUCGACAACGAUGACGACGACGACGACGAGAGAGGACCGAGAUCGACCCGCGGAGGUACGCUCGUGGUGUGCCCAGCCACCCUAGUGCAGCAGUGGGCAAACGAAGUGGGCAAACACUGCACGCCGCACGCUCUGUCAGUAUGUUUGCACCACGGCCCCGCGCGCAGCACGCAGCCUCAACGACUGGCAACCAACGACCUUGUGAUCACCACAUACAAUAUCAUGCAGAGAGAGAGUGUGAGAGGCGUCCUGUCGCGCGUCCGCUGGCGCCGCGUGAUCCUGGACGAAGCUCACGUGGUCCGCAACCACAAGUCCGCCACGUCGCAAGGCGUGUGCAGUUUGCACGCCCGCAGGCGCUGGGCGCUCACGGGCACGCCGCUGCAUAACAAGGACUUAGACCUCUUUGCGCUGCUCAAGUUCCUGCGCUGUACGCCGUUCGAUGACCUCACUAUGUGGAAGAAAUGGAUCGACAACAAGAGUUUGGGUGGUUCAGAGCGCCUCAACACCAUCAUGAGUUGUGUGAUGCUGCGGCGCACUAAACUGCAGCUGCAAGAGAAGGGGCAGCUGACCUGCUUGCCUGAGCGCAGCACGCAUGACGUCAGCGUCACCUUGCAGCAGGAGGAGAUGAACGUGUAUCAGAAGGUCAGAUAUAACAGUAAGAGUCUUUGCGAUUCGGAGCGCCUCAACACCAUCAUGAGUUGUGUGAUGCUGCGGCGCACUAAACUGCAGCUGCAAGAGAAGGGGCAGCUGACCUGCUUGCCUGAGCGCAGCACGCAUGACGUCAGCGUCACCUUGCAGCAGGAGGAGAUGAACGUGUAUCAGAAGGUCAGAUAUAACAGUAAGAGUCUUUGCGAUUCGGAGCGCCUCAACACCAUCAUGAGUUGUGUGAUGCUGCGGCGCACUAAACUGCAGCUGCAAGAGAAGGGGCAGCUGACCUGCUUGCCUGAGCGCAGCACGCAUGACGUCAGCGUCACCUUGCAGCAGGAGGAGAUGAACGUGUAUCAGAAGGUCAGAUAUAACAGUAAGAGUCUUUGCGAUUCGGAGCGCCUCAACACCAUCAUGAGUUGUGUGAUGCUGCGGCGCACUAAACUGCAGCUGCAAGAGAAGGGGCUGCUGACCUGCUUGCCUGAGCGCAGCACGCAUGACAUAUAA